AUGGCAUCACUUCCAAAGAGAAUCAUAAAGGAAACAGAACGCUUAGUGAGCGACCCAGUCCCAGGGAUCACGGCACAGCCACAUGAGGAUAAUCUGAGAUAUUUUCAAGUGACGAUUGAAGGCCCACAACAGUCGCCAUAUGAAAGCGGCGUCUUUCAGUUGGAAUUGUUUUUGCCCGAUGACUACCCUAUGGAAGCGCCUAAGGUGCGGUUUCUGACCAAAAUUUACCAUCCAAAUAUCGAUAGACUGGGCCGCAUCUGCCUAGAUGUACUUAAGACUAACUGGUCGCCUGCAUUGCAGAUCAGAACCGUGCUGUUGUCGGUCCAGGCCCUGCUGGCUAGCCCCAAUCCAAAUGAUCCAUUGGCAAAUGACGUGGCUGAGGACUGGAUUCGCAAUGAAGAUGCGGCCAUCGCCAAGGCUCGCGAGUGGACACAGCUCUACGCUAAGUAA